AUGUCUCUCUUAGCCUCGACUGCGAUGUCCAUAGACACAUUCCUAGCCGUUGGAGCGACUCUGGUUACUUUAACUGGGCUAAUUGUGGCAGUACGCAUCGGCGCUAACGCCCGCUAUGCAAAGCGUCUGCUCCCUAGUGACUAUAUGGCGAUUGUUGCAACCAUCUUUCUCGUCGGUAACCUGAUACUCAUGCAUCUUCUCGUGAAAGCCUUCACUAGCCUCGCAACCAGUCUGAAGACGGCGCAGCAGCUAAACAUAGCGAUUGACCUCGUAGUCUCUUCAUCCAUGUGGGCCUCCAAGGCUCCGAUCCUCCUGCUAUACACCCGCAUUUUCGGUGUUGAGAGGUGGCUGAGAAGGACCUCCUAUGCCGCUUCAGCUUCUGGUGUUGCGCUAGGUGUGAUCUCCGUCAUUACAGAUUUGAUCAUCUUCUUCCUACCAAUCUCAUCUAUCCUGAAGAUGCAGCUUCCGUUCGCGAAGAAACUUGGUUUACUCAUCGUAUUCAUGACGGGAAUCCUUGCUAUCGCUGCCAGUACGGUGUCCUUGGUCUACAAAGUCCGGUCCUUGAAAGGGACUUCCAUGGAAAUGACCAUAGCUAUGAUUUGCACGUGA